UGGCGGCUGGCCACGCCCAUGCACACGGACCCCACGCGCGAGCAGACGACAGGCGGAGGAGGCCGGGAGGCCGACAGCGACAGGCCUCACCGAGAAGAAGAAGGUCGCCAUGGAAGCAAAGCAGGUCGCCGGCGCAUUGGAGGACGUGUAGUGCCCAGGAAAAGAAAGCACUGCAAGAUUGUUAAUCCUAAAAGAUCAUAUGGGUCUCCUGGAGCUCUUCGUCACGGCAUGCGUGCCGGUCUUCAACAUGCUCCUGGUAACAGGCGUUGGGUCCUUCCUAGCAAGUGAUUUUGCUGGCAUACUCAACAAAGAAGCAAGAAAGCAUCUAAACAAUCUUGUGCUCUACGUAUUCAAUCCUUCCCUCAUCGCAACCUAUUUGGCGAAGACAGUCACCAUGGAAAGCUUGGGUAAACUGUGGUUCAUGCCAGUGAAUAUUCUUCUCAGUUUUAUUUUUGGUUUAUUCUUCGGAUGGAUCCUGAUACAAGUCACCAGAGCACCUGCGAAGCUAAAGGGCCUCAUAUUGGGUUGUUGUUCUGCUGGUAACGUGGGCAAUAUUUUCCUGAUCAUCGUACCAGCUCUUUGCAAAGAGAAGGGAAGCCCGUUUGGAGCCCCUGAUGCAUGUCAAACUUAUGGACUAGCAUAUUCUUCACUCUCAUUGGCAAUUGGUGCUGUGUUUCUGUGGUCAUUUGCGUAUAAUAUCAUACGUGUGACAUCACAAGUGUCUGAAGGAGAUGGCGAUGCUCUAACAAACCAGACAGCAGUCUUCAUUCCAAGAAGUGCUACCGGACCUGUUUCAGAGAAGUUCUCGACCUCUAUAAUGAACGAAUGCACACUCCCAUUGAUAUCCACAGACAUACCUCCCAACAAAUCUAAGGUCCCAUUGUUAGGAAGAGCAAGGCAGUUUCUGCCAUCGAUCGCUGGAGGAGUUGACUUCAGGAAACUCUUUGCUCCCUCAACCAUUGCAGUGAUCGUGGGCCUCAUACUCGGAGCAACACCUCUAACUAAAAAUGCUCUUACUGGAGAAAAUGCCCCUCUUCGCGCCCUUCAAGAAUCCGCUGACCUGCACAGCGGAGCUGCAGUUCCAGCCGUGACGCUGAUAAUGGGAGGAAACCUCCUCAAAGCAGGCUUAGGAGGAAGAUCAAGCGUUCAGCCGUCAGUGAUAGCAGGCGUCAUCGUCGUCAGAUACGUCCUGCUGCCGCUGCUAGGAACCGGGCUGGUCAGGGGCGCGGUCCGCCUCGGCCUCGUCCAGCCCGAUCCCCUGUACCAGUUCAUCCUCCUGCUACCGCAGUACGCCGUCCCGCCUGCGAUGAACAUCGGGACCAUGACGCAGCUGUUCGGCGUCGGGGAGGGCGAGUGCUCCGUGAUCUUCGUGUGGGCGUACGCGCUCGCGUCCGGCGCCGUGACCGCCUGCUCCGCCUUCUUCAUGUGGACGCUGUCGCCGUGACUCGUGUGCGUAGUGCGCAUGUGCCCGUGCCGGUUCACUGGUGUGCGGUAUGCAGUGGAGAAGGCGGCGGCCACGUCUCUAGUAUCGCGCUGUCUAGCUCGUUGUAUCGCGUUGCGGGAAAUACAAGCAGCUCUCUGAUCUGGUUUA